AUGCAAUUUGACAUCCGACGAUUUGACAUCUAUCGAAAAAUCCCCAAAGAUCUAACCCAACCAACGAACACAGGUGCUGCAAUAUCCUUAGCUUGUAUUUCUUUCAUUUCAACAUUACUUCUCAUCGAACUCUACUAUUUUAUCACGCCUGAAGUUGUAAGUGAAUUAUUCGUUGAUAUACCUGAAAGUGGCAAUGCCGACCGAAUACCAGUUCACAUCGAUAUUAGUGUAUUGAACAUUGGAUGUGAAUAUGUUGGAAUCGAUAUUCAAGAUGAUCUCGGUCGACACGAAGUCGGAUUUAUCGACAAUACGCUGAAAACACCGGAAAAUAAUGGUGCUGGUUGUCGAAUCAAUGCUUCAUUUAAAAUCAAUCGUGUCCCAGGCAAUUUCCAUAUUUCAACACAUUCGGCAGCCAGUCAGCCAGCCAACGGUGACAUGAAACAUGUCAUUCAUGAAUUAACAUUCGGUGAUUCAAUUAAAGGUUUUCGACAAAUACCAAAUCGAAAAGCGUUUCACCCACUACGACGCUUUAACAAUACUAAUCGCCCAAGUCAUGCGUCACAUGAUUAUUUAUUAAAAAUAGUUCCCACGAUUUAUGAAGAUCUCCAAAGCACUCGGCGGUAUCCGUAUCAAUUUACGUUCUUCUACCGAGAGUAUAGUCCCUAUCAACCUCAUGGAGGCGGUAUGAUUCCUGCUAUAUGGUUCCGUUACGAUAUUAUGCCAAUCACGGUGAAAUAUACUGAGCAUCGGCAGAAGUUCUAUACUUUUAUAACGUCAAUCUGUGCUAUUGUUGGUGGAUCCUUCACAGUUGCUAGUAUAAUCGAUUCUCUGAUAUUCACUGCAAGUGAAUUGUUCAAAAAAUUUGAACUCGUGUUCACUCAACGUGAUAAUGUGUAUUUUCAAUUUGCCGGGAGUAAGCGCUUUUCUCUUAUCAUCAACAUAUUAAUACUUGAACAAAGCAAAAAUAAGACUCACAACAAGCACAAGCGAUCAUUUAUUCCAUAUUCUCAAAAAGAAACGUUCUUUGCUGUUUAA